GCUCCUGAGGCGAUGGCCACGCUCCUGCUCCCCUCCGCUCUUGGGAGCGCAGUUCCCUCGGUCUGAACGCCAGGCAUCCUCUCUGCCUGUGCCUAAUUCAGAGCUCUCCCUGCGCUCCCAAAACGUGAGCUCAGGCCACCGGCUUGGAUGGACACUUCGCGGCUGCCCGGGCGUCCUGGGGUCUUGCUUCGCAAGUUAAUGCUGCUCUUUGUCUGUGCAGGUGAUUGUCUGGCUCAGUGUGGCAAAGACUGCAGAUCUUACUGCUGUGAUGGGACCACACCCUACUGUUGCUCCUAUUAUGCCUACAUUGGAAAUAUUCUCUCAGGCACUGCAAUUGCUGGCAUUGUGUUUGGGAUCGUAUUCAUCAUGGGUGUCAUCGCUGGAAUUGCCAUAUGCAUCUGCAUGUGUAUGAAGAACAACCGGGGUACCCGUGUGGGUGUCAUCAGGACCACUCACAUCAACACCAUCUCCUCCUACCCUGUGGCACCACCCCCAUACAGUUGCGACUACGAGAUGGAAUACUGUCGAGACUUACCCCCUCCCUACUCCCCAACUCCACAGACAUCAGCACAACGCUCUCCACCCCCUCCUUAUCCUGGGAAUUCAAGGAAAUAAUGCUCCAGAAUGCAAUAUAUGAAAAUCAGUGAUGUUCCCUGAAAUAAACUGCCUUUACCCAGAAAUAGGCAGGGAAAGUUUUCCUAAGAAAGAUAUUUUUGGAGCAGCUAAGAUUUCAUGCAGAAUGUCCCUGCAAAAAAGAUACGGGCUUUUUUCUGAUACUUCUCAGAGCUGACCCAGUCAGGAGUAUUAUGCUCGGUUCCUCGGGACUACAUUUUAAAGAUGUAUUGAUUCACUUCAGUAGGAAUAACAAGAUUGGCAGAAUGCCUGAUCAUCAGGUUCUUUAAUGUUCAGAUGAAGGAAGCGUCAAUACUGAUACUGGAAAAGACAAAACUUCCACACAACAGAAUGCUCUAUUUUGUGCAGCUCUGAAAGUCAUAACUAGAAUGCUUUAAUGUUUUAUUCAUCAAUGAUGUAAAAUGAAACCCACCAUGUGUGUGGCACUGUUUGAGGCGCUGGAUGGAAGUUGUAAGAAGGGAAAUC